GGAAGCACUCCCACUUCACUGUCUUGCGAAAUCGCCUCUCUCUUCACAUAGAUCCAAACAUGUCUCCUCUUCUUCUCUUAGUUCUCCUGUUAGGUUAUCCCAUGAAUGCAUGCGAUGCCCUCGAUCUUACGGGGCGUGCUAAGAGUUCAAACACAGCAUUUAGCCACUCGAGAAAGGACAUGAGAAAGGUGAGGCUCGAUGAUAGUGGUUCGUCCCCGGAGACGCAGCGUCAUUACUUCUCGAACAGGGCUGCAGCUUUGGGAGGGCUAAAUGGAUCAGACGCUCAAGCACAGGACGCCAAGGGGAAGACAGAAAUCGCAUCAGGUGCAGCUCAGAUCCCUUCGCUGGUCAUGUCUUCACUGCCUGUGCCUCGACGUGGACGAAGGGAGCGCCCAGGGUUUGAUGUGGAUUACGUGGGACCGAGGACGCAUCCCCCAUCCCAUAACUGAGACCGUACCGUCCUUACAAGUUGGUGAGCUCUUCAGCAACAGUGAGAACUAGUGGUUUAGCAGAAACUUCCGUCUGUGCAUGUCCAAACGUAAGCCAUUGACAUCAGUUGGAUUACGAAGGCUACUCGCACUUCGUCAUCUGUUUGCAAUGGCUUGCUCUCUUAUGACU